AUGUUUCGGGAUUGGAUUUGCGAAUUUCCGUCUUCAUCGCGGCUGCUGUCGGCCUCGGAUCCCGCUGCCUCUGCUCAGGCAGCUCCUGCCGGCAGCGCUUCCUCUCCCUCGACAAAGAGGGCGCGCUUCGAGAGUUCCAGUGGUGCAGGCCCCUUCUCGCCCUCCAACUCCACCGCCAGCAGCAGCACCACUGCUUCCGCAUUCACCGGCGCACCGCUCACUCCUUUCCAAGAGCCAUUCACAGGCCCUCACUACAUCCCCUUGCCGCCUACACGAGCCGUCUCUUCGCCUCGCGUCAUCCACGCCCCGCCUCGCUCUGGCAGCAGCACUGGCUUCAACAACAACGCAGCUACCACACAGCCUGCAACUCCUCACAGCAAUCCAGCCUCCCCCGCCACUUCGAGCUCGGCUCCUGCCCCUUCGCGUCGCUUCAACCCACCCAGCUCCGAUCCUCGCUCGCCUCCCGCCAGCCUCGUCCCUUUCCCCGCAAACUCAUCUUCCUACUUUGGCGAGUCUUCAUCCACAAAGAUGUUUGAUCUCGAUGAGUCCGUCAGGGCGCUCUACUUUGCGCCCACCCCCAUGCUCGUUCUCGACAACAAUCGCAGGAUUCGAAUGAUGAAUCGCCCCUGCGAGAGCAUCUUCCUUAUGACAGCCGUCAGUUGCAUGGGUCAGACCAUGGAGAAGCUCGUUGCAGAAAAGCACCGUGGCGAGUUCAUGUCCGCCAUUCACGAGGCGACGCAGGUCAGAGCCACCGCAGCUUGGGCGCCGCCCGUGCUCACACGUCUCACUUUCCUACAAGACGACGAAACGAUGUUCUCAGCAGAAAUGUCCAUCUCGGCCUGGCAUCCCACCGACGAGGUCUUCUCCGAAACCUUCAAUAGCCACUUUGCCAAAAACCUCUCUACCGACGCUGACAAGCAGGAGGCUCAAGAACAAAGUCCCGCCUUCAACACCCCCAACCGCUCCGAGCCACUCGAGCCGCGGGGCGCGACGCUUCCUCACGAGUCUUACUUCACCAUCAGCAUCAUGCCCACCCGUCUCGCUGAGCGUCGCAUGAGUCCCGCAGACCUGCUCAUCAGCAAGGUCGAGCAGCUCCAGAGUGGCGUCUUCCACACCAUCGAGACCGCCAUCAUGGCCAUGUCCUCCGAUGGAUCCACCGUCAUCCGCAACCGUGCCUGCGACGAGAUUCUCAAGUACUUCAUGAGACAGAACCCUCAGGACAAGCCCAAGAAGCCCGCCCAGCCGCCCAAACCCAAGAAGGACGGUCUCGAGGUCGAUAUGUCUUGGCUAUCGGAUGCCAUGGACUGCUACACCGAAGACUUCAGUCAGCCGUUCCCAGAGGAGAAGUGGCCCAUCUACCGUGCCGCCGUUCUAGGUCAAUUCGCCAAGCCUGUGCGCAUCGGAUGCAUCGCUACCGACACAGGCUCACGCCGCGUCUUCGAGGUCAGCGCCAAGCCCAUCCGCGAGGCAGGAGGCUUCGGAGAGCACAUUGGUGGUGUCAUCACCAUCGUCGACGUCACAGAUACCGAAAAGAACUACAAGAUGGAAGUCGAGAAGAAAGGAGAGGAGUACUUCCGCACCAUCUGCGACAGCAUGCCCCAGAUGCUCUGGACUGCCAAGGCCGACGGGAGUGUCGACUGGUACAACGAGCAAUGGAACCGCUACACGGCCCUCACCAACGAGCAGCUCUUUGGCACGGGCUGGCAGCACCUCAUCCACGAGGACGACAUCAUCGAGACCAACGCACGCUGGUCGCACUGUCUGCGCACCGGCGAAGCCUACCAGGUCAUGUACCGAGUCAAAAGACACGAUGGCGUCUACAAGUGGUUGCUCGGCCGCGCCCUGCCCAUGCGCGAUUCCGCCUCAGGCAAGAUUGUCAAAUGGUACGGCAGUUGCACCGACUGCGAUAGCGAGGUCAAGGCGUUAGAAGCAUCGCGCAAGUCGCAGGCGCAGCUCACCAGCGUCAUCAACCACGCGCACGUCACCAUCUGGGCCAUCGAUCCCGAGGCGAUCAUCACCAUCGCCGAAGGACCGGGUGUCCGUUCCUUGCGCUUGGCUCCGGGUACGCCCAACGGCUCGGACGGCGACGGUUCCGGCUCGGGCAACUCGCUCUCCGGGGGAUCGCUUGGCGGAUCGCUCGGCGGUGGAACGGCCAACGCGCGCAGCGAAGAUAACAAGGACGCCGAAUCGGCCACCAACAGCCAGAGCGCCGUCAGCGGUCCAGGCAAGCGCUCCAACCAGCGCACCAUGAUCGGUCGCAGCAUCUACGAGGUCUGGGAUUCGCCAGGUAUUCGGGAGGCGAUCGGCCGUGCUCUCAAUGGUGAAUCCGUCGUCCAAGAGAUGGAGAUCGAGGGUCGAUGGUUCCGCACGCAGUACACACCCCAGCGCGACGAGUCGUACGAGCACGAAGCCACCGAGGGCAACAUCAUCGGUGUCGUGGGUGCCUCGAUGGACAUCACCGAUCGUCGACGCGCCGAGCUUAAGCUCGAGGAGUCGAUGCACGAGAGGUCACGGGCGCUUGCUGCCGAAACCGCUGCCAAGGAAGCCAGCCGCAUCAAGUCCGAGUUCCUCGCCAACAUGAGUCACGAGAUCCGAACGCCCAUCGCCGGUGUCAUUGGUCUUUCCGAGCUGCUCUGCGACACGCCGCUAUCCAAGGAACAGCGCGACUUUGCCGAAAACAUCCAGCGAUCCGCCGACGCUCUGCUCACCGUCAUCAACGACAUUCUCGACUUUGAAAAGCUCGAGCUGGGCAAGAUGGAUCUCGAAAGGGCCGCCUUCAACCUCAAUGUGGUCAUCAUGGACACCCAAAAGAUGCUGUCGUUCGCGACCCAGAAGAAGGGCCUCGAAUUCCGCAACGAAUGUCAGCUCAACUUCACGGGCCAGAUCGUGGGCGAUGCGGGCCGUUUGCGCCAGGUGCUGACCAACCUGUUGACCAACGCGAUCAAGUUCACCGCUGCAGGUUCCAUCACGCUGCGUGUCAUCGAGACGCACGAGGACCAGAAGAGCCUGCACGUCCACUUCGAGGUGCGCGACACAGGGUGCGGUAUCUCGCAGAUCACGCUCAAGAAGCUCUUCCAGCCCUUCAGUCAGGCGGAUCCCUCCUUUGCUCGUCGCUUCGGUGGUACUGGUCUGGGUCUGUCGAUCUGCAAGAACCUCGUUGACCUCAUGGGCGGCACCAUCGGACUCGAGUCGGUCGAAAACAAGGGCUCCAACGCCUGGUUCAGCAUUCCCUUCGAAAAGGUGCGCACGCUCGAGGCGAGCGGCGACUCUUCACCCGACGAGGAGGCGAUCCCCGAGAUCAUGAUGGACGAAGCCACCAGCAGUCUCGGCGUCAGCGAGAAUCCGUUGCAGCGACCUCGAAAGGACAUCUGGAUCUUGGUGGCAGAAGACAAUCUCAUCAACGCCCAAAUUGCGCUCAAGACGCUCAAGAAGAUGGGUUUCAGCUGCAAGGUGGCCAAGGACGGACUGGAGGCGAUCGAGGAGGUGGGCAAGCAUUCGUACGAUCUGAUUCUCAUGGACUGCCACAUGCCCAACUGCGACGGGUACGAGGCGACCAAGCGUCUGCGCAAGUCGGACAGCGUCGACGUGCGCACCACGCCCAUCAUCGCCAUGACCGCUUCCGCGAUCCGUGGUGAUCGCGAAAAGUGUCUGGCGGCGGGCAUGUCGGACUACCUCUCCAAGCCGGUCAAGAGCGCUGCUCUGGAAACGACAUUGGUCAAGUGGCUGUUCGAUCCCUCGACGCGACAGAGUCUCUCGAGGUAUGUUGCAGCGCCGAGCCACGGCGACUACUUUGGGAUGAAGAAGCCCGAGGCGCCAUUGGAGGUGACCAUCCCAACGGCUGGACAGCCGGGUUCGCCGCCACAGCUGAUCGAGCGCGAUUCGACCGAGACGGUCGUCGGCGCGUUCUCGAUCCAAUCUGGCCGACGGGGUUCGUUCAACCCCGUCGCCGAACGCGAGGCUGUCGCUGCUGAGAUCGCCGCCACGGAAACACCGGUGGCGACCACCGCGCCUCCGCUCACGGUCGCCUUUGCCGAGCUCAACGAGGAGAUCGGCGGUGGGGACGCGCUCGAGUCUCUCUCGCACGAAGCGUCCAACGCCGGCUCCCAGGCCGAGAGCGACGACGAACCCAGCACUUCGUUCAAAGCCACCCCACGACCGGGCAAGAGCAGCCGGCGACGCCUGCUCCGCCAUGGACCCGUUAAGGUGGUCGCAGCGGACCCGAUCCCGUCGAAAUCGCGACCGACUGCCAAGGGUCUCUCGGCGCCCGAGCUCGCCUUGGCCGACAAGCCACCCAUGUUCAUCCGACGCUCAUCGCGCGAGCAGGGCGGCCUGGGUCGGGACCUGGAAGGAGAGGUGGUGCGCGCCAUGGAGGACGGGCCUGCGGGUCCGUCAUUGGGCGCUUCGCUCGAUGAGACGCUCGAGGAGGAACAGGUGUCCCAGAGCGAAAGUGCCAAGAUCCACAUCCGCACGUGA